AUGGCUGUCUCAAACCCGCGCCCCUUGGUCCAACGGUCUGCCCUGCCCGAUCCCAACGUGACGCCCGACACCAUCGAGGACGCCUUUGUGCGCUUCAUCUUUUACUGCAAUCCCGCGCUGCCACUGGACGCGGAUACCGAGAGUCUCCGAGAGGCCUUUGCGAACCCGCCCAAGAGUGGCGGCAAGAGCUUCAGCCCCUUUCUCAUCUUCGACCUGGUCCAGAGAUUCUACCGCAAGGAGAUCAAGACUUGGACCGAGCUGACCACCAGACUCGGCGUCGAGCCACCGGAUCUGUCCAAGGACGAAAGCGCCCAAAAGGUCGCCCAGUAUGGCGUCCGUUUAAAGAAAUGGAUGAAUUCUAUGCAUGUCAAGGCCUUUUUCGAAUACCUCAUGGGCAUUAGCAAUGAUUACUGGACCAAUGUACCAGAUGACCCAAACCCCACCGGGCAGCCCGUUCGUGAUGGCGUCGCUAUCGAGGACGACAUGGCCCUAAGGGCUCUUUUACCUCAUAUUCGCCCCAAGAGGGGUCGUAAGAGGCCAGAGGCCGACGACAGUAUCGGCUCUCCUGUGGCUCAGCGCCAGCGCCUAUCGCCUCCCUCUGCAAUCGAUGGUCCCCGAGCGACGUGGUCGGCUCACCCAGAUGCACGAGCCCAGGGCUUGCCUAUAGAUCCCUCAAGGCCUGGCGCCGUAGCCGCUUGGGGCUUCAACGACUCCGUGCAGACCCCGCUUUCUCGAUAUCCCAAUUCUGCCAUAACACCCUCGACCAGGAGCUCCUUUUGGGACGAUGCGUUGGAGCCCCGAUCCGCCAUCACCCCUUCGAAGCCCAAGCUUUCUACCCACAGACGGGGACCGAAGAACGUAUCCUCGGCGUGGAAACCUGGAGGAGCUGAUGCCAGCGUCAAACCAAGGGGAAGGCCCCCGAUCAACCGUACACCUGUUGAGCCUUCUCCUCCCAACCCUCCGCCCAUGACAUCGUGGGCUCCGACUCCCGACAGCAACCCAUCCGAUGCUCCUAUUCGCAACCAAGUUGUUGCCGCGCGAGUGGACGCCAUCGCAUCAGUACAGGCGCAGGCACCGACGCCGUCACAGGUACACAUCAUUGCACCUCCUGCAUCUUCUCAUCUCCCCGUGGCCGGCAUGGGCAUCAACCCACUCGACAAUGCCAGACCUACUCGGCCUUCUAUUUCUCUGCAGGUUCCCGAGCGGCAGGGAGGCACAGUUCGUCUGGCAACACCACCGCUGCCACCACCACUCCCCCCACCGCUGCCCAUGGUCCCAGUCAAUGACCUGCCGGCAAACGAUCUUCCGGCGCUUCAAGGAAUUACCGGCCAGGCACCACCUGCACCGCAGGCUAAUGGGUGGGAUCCGUUCUCACAGCCGCCGGUGGCGGGAGUGUAUGAGGCCAACGCCGUUCCGCCCUCUGCUGGGGCUACUAGCCAAGCUGGAUCGACAUCCAACAGGGAUGUGCCUGAGUAUUUCUUUGAGGAUUUAGACGACCGUACCAAUGUAGACGGGCUCAUAUCCUACUUCACUCAUGUGCUGCACAACUCGGACUGGGUGGACCCCCAGGGCAACCAGCAAGAGAUUGCUGGCAUGGACGAGUGCACCGCCAUGGUCAACGCGACGGUGGAGCACAUGUACAAAAACGCCGAGUCAUCCCAGGCGUUUCUGAUCAACCUGGCGGCGUUGUGCGGCGCAAAGAUGCUCAUGAACAACCGCCCCAGGUGCUACCGGGUCGAGACCUCGGAGGGCGUGUAUACCUAUUAUUUUGACUGGCAGUAUCGGUUUGGCCACCUCAAGGGGCAGUUCACUAUGACUCAUAGCGUUCCAGUUACGAUGUGGAAGAGGCCGGAGCCAGGGGCGUCUGGUGAAGCGUCGCAGGAAGGUGGUCCGCCGGCCGGGAAUCUGACAUCGGAGCAGUGGCAGGCCAAGUAUGGCGCUCUCAUGGACGAGCUGGAGAAGCGUGACCGGGAGCUCUUUGAGAUGCAGAACAAGGUGAUGGCUUCGAUGAAGAGAGACACCUGA